AUGGAACUAGAGAAUGAUACACGAAUUUCAGAAUUUCUUCUUCUGGGAUUUUCUGAAGAAUCAGAAUUGCAACCCUUCCUCUUUGGGCUAUUCCUGUCCAUGUACCUGGUCACCAUACUUGGAAACCAGCUCAUCAUCCUAGCCGUCAGCUCUGACUCCCACCUCCACACCCCCAUGUCCUUCUUCCUCACCAACCCGUCCUUUGUAGACAUCUGUAUCACCUCUACCACCGUCCCCAAGAUGCUGGUGAAUAUACAAACACAGAGAAAAGUUAUAACUUAUGAAAGCUGCAUCAUACAGAUCUACUUUUUCUUACUUUUUAUAGGUUUGGACAACUUCUUCCUGACUGUGAUGGCUUAUGACCGCUUUGUGGCCAUCUGUCACCCCCUACACUACACAGUUGUCAUGAACCCCCUGCUCUGUGGACUGCUGGUUCUGGUGUCCUGGGUCAUGAGUGCCCUGCAUUCUUUGUUAGAAACCUUAAUGGUGUUGCGGCUGUCCUUCUGUACAAAGUUGGAAAUCCCCCACUUUUUCUGUGAAAUUAAUCAGAUGAUCCAACUUGCCUGUUCUGAUACCUUUCCUAAUAACAUGGUGAUAUAUUUUGCAGGUAUGCUUCUGGGUGGUGCUCCCCUGGCCGGGGUCCUUUACUCUUACUCUAAGAUAGUUUCCUCCAUAUGUAAAAUCUCAUCAACUGAGGGCAAGUACAAAGCAUUUUCCACCUGUGCAUCUCACCUCUUGGUUGUCUCCUUAUUUUAUUGUACAGUCCUAGGAGUGUACCUUAGCUCUCCUGCUACCCAGAGUUCCCAUGCAAGUGCAGUGGCCUCAGUGAUGUAUGUGGUGGUCACACCCAUGCUGAACCCCUUCAUCUAUAGCCUGAGGAACAAGGACAUAAAGGGGGCUAUAAAUAUAUUUUUCAGAGGGAAGCCAUAA